AUGCCAGAAACUGUUGCUGUGAAAAGCUUUAAAGAUGGGCAGCAAGAAGAACAAGAGUUGGCCUCCAAAGCUCUUCGUAUACAAAAUAAACGAUUCUACUUAGAUAUCAAGCAAAAUAAGAGAGGUCGCUUCGUGAAAAUAACUGAAGUCGGCAAUGGAGGACAGAAAUCACGCAUCUUGAUGUCAAUGCCUGUUGCUCUGGAAAUGAAGGAAAAAAUUAACAAACUUAGUGACACAUAUAGCCAACUUCCAUCUCACAAUCGCGAGUCACUCGCACAAGAUGGGCGCAUUGCGUCUGACAUUAUUGUUCGUGAUAGCAGGCGCUAUUAUCUUGAUCUCAAAGAAAAUGAACGUGGUCGUUUCCUGCGUCUUGCUAUGCUUUCCAUGGGUGUUCGUGUCCAAAUUGCAAUCCCAGCUCAGGGUAUGAUCGAAUUGCGCAAUGCAUUGACUGAUCUUAUACAAGGCUAUUCAGGAGAUAUGGAGAAUGAUAUAUUUUCAGACUUACCUGAAUCUAAAGUACUCUUCGUGGGCAACAAGACAUUUUAUUUCGAUGUUGGUUCUAAUAGAUUUGGUGUAUUUCUGCGUAUAUCCGAGGUUCGUGCUAACAUUCGCUCCUCAGUCACCAUACCUGAACAACAUUGUACGCGAUUUUGUGAUAUUAUUACUGAGUUGGCAAACAAAAUGUCCAGUCAAAAGCUAACUAACGGAGCGUCUGAGAAUGGAAACAAUUCUGACCAACCAGAAGAAAAAGUUGAUGAUGAUGUGAAGGAAAAUACGAAUGGGAAUUCAUCGGUCGCAUCUUAA